AUGGACGCAGAACUACAACACUUGAUUGUCCUGCUGAGGGAUCGAGGCUCGAUUGUUCAACAAUCGUCGGUGAAGCGGUCGGUGAUAAACAACUUAGCUUACUAUGUCCCGCGGAUCACUUCCCUUAAGGUCCUCGAAACCAUCGUGGCAGAGUUGUGGAACAGUGCCCUACAAUCGGAUGCAGAUACAUCGCUUGAAUUGCAGGAGAUGUGCCAAAGUAUCUUUUUCUGGAAACUGCAGAUAUCGGAACCCUCGUUGGAUGUCCCCGAAUUCUACGAAGUUUGGAACCGGCAUAUUGUUGCCUGUUCGCAAUGGACAGUUCCUAAGCUGGCAAUGGUGAGUGGUCUUCUCUCCACAGAAGCAUUGUUUCUGCAGUUACAGAAUCGUUUUUACACAGACAGGAAGGGGAUAUGCUCGCGUUACUACAAGAAUUGGAGAAGUGCCUAUUUUGUUCCAUUACUGACCAAUUACUUAAAUCAAGGGGGGUUAACACUUUCUUCUAAAGACUUGAUAGUUCAAAUUUACACGUUUGCCCCUUCAGAGGGGGAUUUGGCUAGGACACAACUUCAUUGGGAUUUUAUUACUGAUUCGUGCAUAAGGCAGUUGAUACAUUACAUUACACAUGGUGAAACCGAACUCGACAUGUAUCUGCAAAAAAAUGUGAACCAAAUUGCUCGGACGUUGCAGAUAUCAUUACUACGGACAGACAGCUCUACACUAGCUAGAAACUUAGAACAGCUGACCAAAGCCUGCCAAACUUUAUCUUACCGGGAAUGUCGCAGUGCUAUGCCAAAUAAGUCGUACUCUAAUGACCACUAUUCAGGUAUUUUACUAACUGUGAUAUUAACCACGAAAAGCAUCAUAGACUCUGUUAGGAAUAUACCCAGACUGUGGUGUAUUCAAAUGAUUACUUGUUUGUACAAUCUCCACUUUAUCACCUUGGAUUUUGGAACCACAGGAUUCCAAACCUUUGAAGAUGUAUUUGCGAAAUUAUCAACUUUCAUAACAUUACCUGUUGGGCAGUUUCAAAGACAAGACGACUAUAUUUCUUUGAUAAAGGGCUUCAUUGGCGGUAUAGAUUUCAACACGCAAUACCCAAACAAGAUAAAUGAUUCAAGAUUACUAUUUACCCUAUCACUUUUGGAAAGGACGUUACUGUUAUUGAGUGGAAGUACGUUACGGGAGCUCGUAACGGCUCCAGAAUUCACCUUUGUAUUGAAGAAUCUGAACUCUUAUUCCAACGAAAUUCGAGAAGCAGCACAUUCAGUCAUCCUCACGUACUAUAAAGUGGAAUCCAUAGAAACUUCAGUCAGACAAUGGCAAUCUACGUUUAUUGAUGAGUAUCUAGUUUUGUCAUUCCGCCAGUACUUCAACUCGGAACUGACAGAAUCUCAGCUAUUGCACAUUAUCCAAAAACUCUCCGUUUCAAUACCGUACCUUCAGACUAUGGAUUUGGAUAUCUGCCGCAGGCUCGUACAGAAGAUGUAUCUUCAAUUCCUUAACAUACCCAAGGGUAAAAUGAGAUGGAAUGUAAUGCUGCUGAAGUGCAUUAUAUGCAUGAUACCGUACAUAAAUAUGCGGUACUGCUUGGACUGGCUUGAUAAUGUGAAAGAAUUGUUGUUUUCUGGCGAGUUUGACGAGAUUACACGACAGGAAAUAGCAGACUCCCUGUGGGAUAUGAUAAGCACCAGUGGAUCCCAAAUAGCAAUUAAAUGGUGGUAUGUAUCAUUUGUGACAACACCCCAGAGUAGGCUAUAA